ACUCGACUGUCGUAUGUAUACGGACAGCAACUUGUGAGUCAGUAGUUGUAAUAAUAAACCUUAUGAAUAUAAUAACAAAUAAUCAAAUUCAUGUGAGUCAGUGAUGUGAUAUAAAGACGGAACUAUUUCAAAUAAAACACUUAUAACGAAUAAAAUUAAUGAGUUAACAAUAAUGGUAACGCUAGAAGAUUUAAGAUGUGCUGUCGAAAAUCGAAUGAAACAAGAAAUUCCUAAACCACCAGGAGAUUUAGAUCCAGUUGACUUGGAAUUGGAAAAAGACGAAAAAUAUUUAAAAAGAAUACUCGUUCACGUUGAUGGAGAUAUAAAAAAGCCACGAAUAUGCUUAGGAAUAUCAUGGUUUGGCGGAAAACGGUUGAAGCCAGGAAAAUUAUUGAGAGCAAUAUACGAAUGGACUAUGUAAAAGAAGGAAUACUUUUCCCAAGAGGCAGGGACAUAGAUGGUAGAUUACUUUUUAUAGUAUACAAUAAAUUGUACGAUAAAGAUCAAAAGGAUUAUGAAAAAAUAAAAAGAGUGAUAUUAUACUGGCUGAAAAAAAUCGAUAGAGAGGAAGAAGGCGAUAAGAAAAUUACUUUAUUUUUCGACAUGGAUGGUUGUGGUAUAGGAAAUGUGGAUAUGGAACUUAUCAAGUUUUUGAGGAUGGUAAAGGACGGCAGUGAUCGCUUCGCGCUCGACUUGGCAGCGGAGGCACUGCCGAGUCCCCAGAUACUACCCGUAAUAGUACAUUGGAGGAUUUCGGGUCUUGACAUCGAUAAGUCGGACGAUGUUGUCGCAUAGGAAACUUUAAAAGAGACAUGAAUGAGAUCGUAAAACCUCCUGACCUCAUUGCAUAUUGGUCGAGUUGAUGGAUUGGAAGAGUGCCGCCGCCUGUGGAGUCGUUGGGUGAUUACUUCUUUUGAUGACCACCAUUGGUCAUCAUGCCGGACUGUUACACUAAAGGUCUCGGGUUCGAUUCUCAGUCAGGUCAACAUGGAAAAUGAUAUUUUUCAGAUUGACCUAGUCUUGGAUAUUUAUCUAUACCUAUAUAUUUUUCAAAUCGGACCUGGCAACACUGAGGACACAACAAAACACAGAUAUGUGGAAAGUGCCGCAGGAAAAACCCGAGGCCAAGGUUUCUGUAAGCAGUUUUCAAAUUAUAUUUCUUCUGCCAUUAGGGUUGAAUGGUUGAACGUUUCUAUGACAAACACCAGUGAGCUAUCAACAUUAACCUUACACAUUAUAAAACACAGUCCUCUGCCGCGUCUGUCUGUUGCCUGUUCGCGAUUGACUAAAAAACUACAACACUGAUUCUCAUGCGGUUUUCACUAAUAAAUCGUGGUGAUUCUUGAGAAAGGUUCACGUGUAUAGUUUAUGUUUUUACCCGAGCGAAGCCGGGACGGGCUGCUAGUAGAUAAGUAAAUGUGUGUCAUGUUUAGUUUAACAGUGAAUUAUUGAGAUUGACACUUACGAUCGAACUUUUGCGCUCUUACGAGUAUGUCGUAACAGGACCAAAUUUGAGGCAAUAUACUCGUAAUUAAAGAAGUGUGUACACUUAUCUAUUCUACUAAUAUUAUAUAUGCAAAAGUUUCUAAGGAUGUAUGUGUGUAUAUGUAUCUUUGUUAUUCUUUCACGCAAAAUUUACUGAACGGAUUAUUGUGAAAUAUGGUACACGGGUAGAAUAUAUCUACCUACAUUUUAUCAAGAAAUUCGGGGCGCAGAAACUGAUAUAUACUUUUAAAUAUUUAUUAUUA